AUCCAAUCUGUUUCAGUAAAUCAGUUUGACCCAGAUUGUCGUUUUCCUCUUCCUCAAAUGGAGAAAAGAGAGAGGCGGAGGUCCCCAGAGAGACGGAGAGAAAAACGGCGGAGGAGAAUCUGUUUUUAGGUUUUCCUAAUAUCAUGGUUUUGCCGCUUUCAAAGCACCGAAUCAGGCCUUCGGCGCAUUUCUCUCCGCCCACUUUCCUCUCUCUGCUCGUUGCAGCAGCCACGCCUCAGGCGGUUCUUCUUCAGCUGCAAGUGUUCCUUGGCAGAUCGUUUUCCUGAGCAGCGGACUCUACGAUGGUGUGCUUGCAGGUACGAUAAACCCUGGUCGGUGCCUCAGAAAACAGAGACGCUGCCCAAGCUGCUUCACUUCAUUACGACAUAGCUUCAUCUGAAGGCAGACAAACAAUAGCUAAGAGUUGCGCUUGAGAAGCCCCACCAUGGCCAAACGAGAUUGAAGAGUCCCACUCGGCCACAGAAGAUUUUCAUGCCUUCAAGCGCCACCUGUCAGUAUCACCAUGCGGCGGUUUCCAAUGUCAGCAAACGAAAGGCAAAACGGUGGGAUUCUCGUGCUAUACCCUUUUGGAAUAUCUGAGAAACAGAGCAGGCCAUCGCUUGUAGUAAAAGAAAUGCCUUGCUUCGGGUCGACAGCGAUAUUGCGAGCAGCGAAGGAGUGGGGUGGCUCUUGAACUCUUGGAAGACGUACACGCCGAGGAAGACCGAGAGAGAUAGUGCUUAGCCAUGGAGAUGGGCCUUCCCCUCUUGCUGAGGGCUUCAUGGCUUGCUGGAAUCCUUCCUAUCGCCCUUGCCUCCCUCCCUUUCUCCGUGCUUCAUCCUGUCCGGGAAGUAGUCAUGAGCUUUGCCAAGCGCGGGAAACUCAAUACCAGUUCUCCCUCCCAAAAGUUCACGGUUCCUCAAAGUUUCUUCUUGCAUUUUUAUUUGGUAGCUGUUGUAUGGACCAUGUUUUUGGUCGUUUCUACAUGGUCUUAUGCAUAUAGUAUCACAGUACCAAUGGCUUCUCAGUCACUGGAUUAUUCUACCAUUGCUAGCCACUUGACUGGAGGCUCACAUAUGUUCUCAAUUCACAAACCCCAAUCAACUUCUUUAGAGCAUUGGCAUCUGCUGUGGAGGAUUGUUUUCUUGCUCUUGAUGAUGGAGAUUCAAGCAUUAAGACGCCUCUAUGAGACUAUAUAUGUGUUUAACUACAGUUCUGCUGCACGAAUGCAUGUAUUUGGCUAUCUAACUGGGAUAUUCUUCUAUACAGCAGCACCUCUGUCACUUUGUAGUUUGUGUUGGCCAGAGAUAUAUGGAUAUGUUGUCCGAGUAGCUACUUCUAUCAUCAUCAAGGGGAAAACUCAUGAAUCAGACAUCAAAUAUGACUGGUGGGGACUUGUGAAACCAUUUACUUCCCUUGGUUGGUGGCAGUGGAUUGGUGCAAUUAUGUUUGCUUGGGGUAGCAUUCAUCAAUUUUGUUGUCAUGCCAUACUUGGCUCCCUCCGAACAGUCAGCGAAGGAGAAGAAUAUAAGAUCCCAAAAGGCGACUGGUUUGAUUUGGUCUCAUGUCCUCACUAUCUUGCAGAAAUUGUUAUAUAUGGGGGCAUUCUGAUAGCCAGUGAAUUGUCAGAUCUUACAGUUUGGCUUCUUUUUGCAUUUGUGUUUGCAAAUCUUGUAGUUGUUGCUGGAGAAACCCACAGAUGGUAUCUCCACAAGUUUGAUCACUACCCAAAGUCCCGAAGAGCUAUUUUCCCUCGUGUAUAUUAGUUUCUAAUGAUCUCGAACAUCCAAAAUUAUGAGGUAGCAGCAACAAUCAUGAAUAACAGGUGACAAGCUUGCUGGUCAUCCACUGCUUCAGGUAUCCCCACUAAGAAAUGUGUCAUAUUUGGGUGACUGGUUAAUAAUUUCGUGAAAUACUGUUGUAACUGGUACCAUGGCAUUCUCCGGAACUAUAUUUAUGGUUGCACUAUAAAAUGUAAAUAAUAUUUCUGGGAAUACCUUCGUAA